UAAUGGGGUCAAGAUUUUGAAUAAACAAGUGUAACGAAAUUAACUAUGUUGUCAUUUUCGUACUUCACAAUAUUUAAACUCCAUUUAUCCUACUGUAACAUAAUGAACAUGUCGAUGUACGCUUGUUGAUAAAUACCCCCCAAACUGAAGUCAUCUGUUCCAACUCCAACAAAAGUGAGAGUCUUUCUCUUUUCUCAAACUCGAAUCGUUGUAUGAACAACAUGGCUAAAUCACCCGUCAAAUACUAUGUGGUUGACGCAUUCACUGACUCAGCCUUCAAGGGAAACCCAGCAGCGGUUUGUUUGUUGGAGGAAGAGAGAGAUGAGAAAUGGCUGCAAGCAGUGGCUACUGAGUUUAAUCUCUCUCAGACUGGUUACUUGACCCGGAUCACUAACCCGGCCUCUCCAAACCCCCGGUUUCGACUUAGAUGGUUCACCCCGGUUGCUGAGGUUAAGCUAUGUGGGCAUGCAACCUUAGCAUCUGCGCACACUCUCUUUGCAACCGGUUUGGUAAAUUCAAACAUAAUUGAAUUUGACACACUCUCCGGAAUCCUCACUGCUAAAAAGGUUCCAGAUGUUGAUCCAACCGAUGUCUCCGGAAUUCAGACUGAUGGAGCACAUGAUUGCUUUCUAAUUGAACUGAAUUUUCCUACCGUUCCCAUCACUGAAUUCAAUUCUACUGAGGUUUCAGCUAUUACCAAAGCCUUGAAUGGUGCUCCUCUCAUUGAUGUCAAGAGGACAACUACCGCAUCUGAUCUCUUUGUUGUGCUCGCAUCUGGAAAAUCUGUUAUUGAGAUAGAGCCACAGUUUGAUGCCAUACUGAAAUGUCCUGGACGAGGCUUAAUUGUUUCAGGGGUUGCUCCUCCUGAUUCUGAAUUUGAUUUUGUCAGUCGAUUCUUCUGCCCAAAAUAUGGUAUUAAUGAGGAUCCGGUUUGUGGGAGUGCACAUUGUGCCCUGGCACCCUAUUGGAGCCAAAAGCUGGGAAAGUGUGAUUUCGUCGCGCAUGCGGCAUCACCUAGAGGUGGAAUAGUGAAGAUCCAUUUAGAUGAGCAGAACCAGAGAGUGCUUCUGCGAGGAAAAGCUGUUACUGUGAUGGAAGGCUCUCUUUUGGUCUAGAAUUGGAGUUAAUUUCUGUUAAGGGUGUAUGGUGAAUUGCAGAUUGUAACAACAGUUAUUGGGUGCAACAAUUCCCUGUAAUUUAAUUAACAGACUGUGUUCUGGUUUAUUACCUUUUCUUGGGAAGCAUGCUAUAUAAUAAGAUGUCACCCUCUCAUUUCUGCUAACUAUGGCACCAAAUGUGAUGAGAUGUCAUUGAAUUU